GUGACUGGCGCCGCGUCCUUUUUCAAACUUGUUUCUCUCCUUCCUUCCCUCCUUCCUUCUCUCCUUCUUUCCCUCCCUCUUUCCGUGCCGGGCGCCUAUCUUUAGCCCCAGCCUCUUUCCCUCCGCCCCACCGAAGCCAUGGGUCCAGCCGAGGAGCUGAUCCGGAUGGCCAGGAAGCUGGAGAAGAUGGUCUCCAGGAAGGACACGGAAGGAGCUCUUGACCUGCUAAAGAGGCUGAACAGCUGCACCAUGACGAUCCAGCUUCUCCAGACGACAAGAAUCGGCAUAGCCGUCAACACCAUCCGUAAGCACAGCCGGGAUGAGGAGGUGAUCGCUUUGGCCAAAGUCCUCAUCAAGAACUGGAAGAGGCUGCUCGAGUCGUCAGAAUCCCAGAAGGGUAAAGAGGAGAAAAAGAGAGAAAAGGGGAGCCCUAGCCCGGGUCCGAAGGCUGAAGAGGCUUUUUCUCGCCACACAGAACUUUGCAAAAGUCCGGAAGGAAAGCACAAAGAGCGAAAAUUGAGCAAGUCCGUCUCUCCGGAGGCAGAGCCAAAAAGUUCUUCAUCUGUGGUCCCCAAGCCAGACAGGGAUUCCAAAGGUGCUUCGUCUGCCUCCAAAAAGCUUCACCUGGAGCUCAGGAAAGAAAGGAGAGAUUCAGAAGAUUCGCUCUCUUCCACGGUGGCCUCCUCCUCCUCCUCCUCCUCCUCGUCCCCCAGGAGAUUGUCUGGAGACAGAUCCGACGGCAAGCCCAAGCCCGAGGGUCCCAAGUCGCCCACCAGCCCAACGACUCCGACGUUUGCUUCUUCCAUCUGCUUCUUGCCGCCCUGCUAUCUGACCGGAGACUCCGUCCGGGACAAAUGCAUCGAGAUGAUUUCCGCAGCCCUCAAAAUGGACGAUGAUUACAAGGAGUUUGGAGUCAAUUGUGAUAAGAUGGCAGCUGAAAUCGAAGAUCAUAUCUACCAGGAACUGAAGGGCACGGACAUGAAGUACCGCAACCGAGUGAGGAGCCGGAUCAGCAACCUGAAAGACCCCAAGAACCCCGGUUUGCGGAGGAAUGUGCUUUGCGGAGCCAUAUCCGCCGGCCGCAUUGCCAAGAUGACCGCGGAAGAGAUGGCCAGUGACGAGCUGAAGGAGCUGCGGAACGCCAUGACGCAGGAGGCCAUCCGGGAGCAUCAGAUGGCCAAGACGGGCGGCACCGCCACCGACCUCUUCCAGUGCGGAAAAUGCAAGAAGAAGAACUGCACCUACAACCAGGUCCAGACUCGGAGUGCGGACGAGCCCAUGACAACCUUUGUCCUCUGCAAUGAGUGCGGGAACCGGUGGAAGUUCUGCUGAUGCUCCUCCACAGACCCGAAUGCCGGCCACGGAGGAAGGAGAUGCAAAGAACCCUCCACAUCUGCUGAAGAAACAGAAAAAGAAGGGAAACCCUGAACUUGGACUCUGAGCUUCUCUUAAACGCAACGGGAAUGAAUGAAUCACGUGAAGGGAGGGAUGAUCUGGCAAUGAUUUCGGUGGUGCGGCAAUGUCGUGUUGUGUUUCUGCAACUAUCAUGCAGAAUUCUCCAAUGAACACACAUUUUGAGACUUUU